GCUGGAUGGCCAAGAUAGGCGACGCGGGGCCCAGGCUGAAGGCGGCCAAGGCAGCAGGCAAGGGCGCCAGCGUCAGCGCCGCCAGGCCGCAAGGAACGGCCGCCAAGAAGCAGGCGAUCGACGAGUUGGUGGUGGUGCUGGCCAAGCUGGUGCCCCGCGACGAGGCGGAGCUCAGAAUGCUCAUCGGCGCCGUCUACGGCACCUGGCUGGCGCCGCUCACCUCGCACAUGGUAGAACUGAUGCUCGAGGAGAACCAGGCCUUCAACGCCGAGGCCCAGGAAGCGCGCGAGAAGGAGAAGCAGGAUCACAAGAAUGGCAACAAAGACUACGUCAAGCCGAAGAUGUCGGCCCCCUUCUUGCGCGUGUUCGCCGCGAUGAUUCAGGGCGCGGCGGAGAAGGAAGCGGAGGACAUGGAGUUGGCCGCAGCUCGAGUUCCCGCUCUGAAGUACUUCGAGGGGGCGAUCUCGAAGCUCAAGGAGCCCGAGGGGAUGUCGGAUCUGAUCGGGUUCUGCAGGGCGAAGCGCCCGAAAGGCAAGAACAAGGACGGCGAGGAGCUAGUGAAGGUGCAGUUCCUCAUCUCCCACGAGCACGACCUGGCGAAGCCGAUCACUGCGGCCAUCAGGACCGCGCUGGCCGCCCAGAGGG